AGGCUCAGGCAGAGUCAGCCAGGCUUGGUAUCCACACCCUACUCAGCGUCGCCUUUCAUUUUUAAUUUCUCUGGAAUUCUCUGAAACAAGACUACGCCAUGCCUGUAAAAGGAGGAACAAAGUGCAUCAAGUAUCUACUAUUUGCCUUUAACUUCAUAUUCUGGCUGGCAGGAACAGCCGUCCUUGGAAUAGGAUUAUGGCUCCGAUUUGAUGGCCAGACUAAAAGUUUACUUGAAAAUGAAGAUGAUACCAAAUCGUUUUAUAUAGGGGUCUACAUCUUAAUUGCAGCCGGUGCACUCAUGAUGUUGGUUGGCUUUUUGGGUUGCUGCGGAGCUAUUCAGGAAUCAGAAUGCAUGUUGGGACUGUUUUUUGCAUUUCUCUUGGUUAUAUUUGCAAUUGAAAUUGCUGCUGGAAUCUGGGGAUUUGCAAAUAAAGACAAGAUUGUUGAACAACUACAGAAAAUUUAUAAAGACAACUAUGCGCAAUAUAAGCUAUCCACCAGUCCUGAACAGGCCUUAAAAGAAGCCCUAAAAGUGGUACAUAAAACGCUGAAUUGCUGUGGCAUCGUAGGGGGGAUUGAAAUUCUUCUUGGUGAUUUAUGCGAAGGUGCCACAAUUGCAACACCGUCAUGUCCAUCAGCCAUUGAAAGCUUUUUCACUUCUAAGUUUCACAUCGUUGGAGCUAUUGGGAUUGGAGUAGCAGUAAUCAUGAUCUUUGGCAUGAUCUUCAGUAUGGUGCUUUGCUGUGCAAUCCGAAACAACAGGGAAAUGGUAUAAUGGAUAUUUCAUCGGUUGCACUGUCUCAACAAAUGUUUUGUUCAUAAAAACCUUUUCUAAAAAAAAAAAAAGUUGUGCUAUAUUUCAUUUAAUGCAAAGUUGUUUUUUAAGCUUUUUUUUUUUUUUUGUCUAAAGAAAAACCAAUGAUACAGGUACACAAUUUGUUGAUAGGUUAAUGCGUAUAUAAAAAUAUAUAUAUAUUGUAUAACUACAGAAACGUAUUCAGAGGAUUCAACUAGAUUUGUCUUUCGCUUUUUUUUUUUAAAACAAAAAUUGUAAUCAUGGUAUAACUUAUGUUGAACAUAAUUUGGUACUUAAUAAAAAAAAUAAAAUUAUAUAAAAAAA